AUGCCCCUCCCCCAAAUCCUAGUCGGCAAAGUCGCCGCCAUCACAGGUGGUUUAACCGGUAUUGGCAGGGCCAUCGCCCUCGAAUACCUCCGCCACGGCGCCAAAGUAGCCGUAAACCACCUCGGCGGACCCAAAGAAGAGCCCCUCAUCGAAGCAAUGCGCAAAGACGUAUCUGAAAUUAUCCGAUCCGACAGCAACAGCGACAGCGAGCAGAGCAGCAGAUUCAUCCUGGUCGCAGGGGACGUAACACAGCCCGAGACAGGGCGGGAUUUCGUAUCCAAAGCCGUGGAGGCCUUUGGCCGACUCGACGUGUUUGUGAGUAAUGCGGGAGUGUGCAAGUUUGAGGAAUUUCUCGAAGUCGACCCCCCACUCCUCGGCCACACAAUCAACACCAACCUAAGCGGCGCAUUCUGGGCAACACAAGCAGCAGCACGACAAAUGGCACUGGCUCAAUCGCCACCCGGGGGUUCCAUUAUCGGGAUUAGUUCUAUCUCUGCGCUUGUUGGGGGUGGACAGCAGACGCAUUAUACGCCUACGAAGGCGGGCGUGCUUAGUCUUAUGCAGUCGUGUGCGGUUGCGUUGGGCAAGUAUGGCAUCAGAUGUAAUGCGCUGUUGCCGGGGACGAUCCGGACUCAGUUGAAUGAUGAGGAUAUGAGUGAUCCCGUGAAGAGGUCGUAUAUGGAGGGGAGGAUUCCGUUGGGAAGGCUGGGCCAGCCGCCGGAUUUGGCGGGGCCGGCGGUGUUUUUGGCGAGUGAGGAGUUGAGUGGUUAUGUGACCGGAGCGCAGAUACUGGUGGAUGGGGGGGCUUUUGUGAAUCUUCAGUAG